GCAAAUCAACUGGGAGGCCUCCGAGGUCCUGGGCGACCUGCCCCUCGACUUCUUUGGCGACUCCAAGGGCGCCGUCCUCAUGACCAAGGGGUUUGAGUUCCGUGUGAAAAACCCACCCAAGGACGACCCCACUAACCCCUGGGAUGGCAACAACCAGUUCAACACCAUCAACCCACAGUACCCGGAGGAGUUCUAG